GCCGGCCUGGGCAAUAUGGGCGGGAGAGUCCAUUUUCGCGCUGUACAACUCUAUGAUUUUUGCCCCAUGUUCGUUCCUCCGACGACUGUUGACCAUUCUCCAAUUGCAUUGCAGGAAGAGGGCGGGGACUGAGUCAGCCACACGCUUCCCGCGGCAGCUCUUCUCGCUUGACAUUCGCUCGGCUCUGCUCUGCCGCCACUAUAUCCGCCCGCAGUAGACGGCGGUGCCGCGCAGUUUCAUGAGAUGGCUGGCAGUUUGUUCCUCUUCGUCGUGUUCUCGCUGGCUCUCGGUUCAUGCUGGGCGGAUGAGAUCCAACAAUCGCCCAACUCCCUCAGCGUUAGGGAGAGCGAAUCCGUGGAGAUGAGUUGUGUACAGACGGGGACGGUCCGUGAGAACGUGCUGUGGUACCGUCAGACUGAGGGAGCAGGAUUGGCGCUGAUCGGGAACGUCUAUAGUGGCCUGGAACCUCAGUACGAAAAGGGAUUUCAGAGCGGGUUCUUAAUCAGCGCGGAAGCGGGAAACAAGAGGUUCAAUUUCCAGAUCCGCAGCGUGAGAGACGGAGAUGAGGCGCGAUAUUUUUGCGCAGCUAAAGAAGGUACACAGCGACUCAGAGAGGAAUAGAGCAUGAGCAAAAACCCCGCACAGAACAGCAUAAGAGGAAACGUGCCACCGGGUCACAAUGUCCCUUCCCGACAAGACGCCGAGUUAUACUGGUCUCUCCUUCCUGUAAAUUGAUCAUACCCCCUCCAUUCCCUGCAUAUCCAAACGCCUUCCCAAAAAGCCUCUUAAACUGCACUAUCGUAUCUGACGACAC